AUGAGCUCGGGCGGCGGCAGCAGCACGCUUGGCGGCUGCGGCGGGCCGAGCGGGAGCGGCAGCGGCAGCGGAGGGGGAGGAGGGGGAGGGGGCCUUGGCGGCGGCGGCGGCGGGCCGUGCGGCGCGUGCAAGUUCCUCCGGCGCAAGUGCGUGAGCGAGUGCAUCUUCGCGCCCUACUUCGACUCGGAGCAAGGCGCGGCGCACUUCGCGGCGGUGCACAAGGUGUUCGGCGCCAGCAACGUCUCCAAGCUGCUCCUCCAGAUCCCCGCGCACAAGCGCCUCGACGCCGUCGUCACCAUCUGCUACGAGGCGCAGGCCCGCCUCCGCGACCCCGUCUACGGCUGCGUCGCCCACAUCUUCGCGCUCCAGCAGCAGGUGGUGAAUCUCCAGGCCGAGCUGACCUACCUGCAGACCCACCUGGCCACCCUGGAGCUGCCGUCGCCGCCGCUGCCGGCCGCGCCGCAAAUGCCGAUGGCGAUGCCGGCCCAGUUCUCCAUCUCGGACCUGCCGUCCACGACCAACAUUCCCACCACCAUCGACCUGUCCGCGCUCUUCGAACCGCCGGCGCAACCGCAGUGGGCGCUCCAGCAGCAUCACCAGCACCAGCUCCGCCAGCAGCCGUCAUACGGCGCCAUGGCGCACAGGGGCGGCUCCAGCAGCAUGGCGGAGGGAUCGGCGGGCAGCGGCAGCGGCAGCGGCAGCGGCGACCUGCAGACGCUGGCGCGGGAGCUCCUGGACCGCCACGGCCGGUCCGGCGUGAAGCCCGAGCUGCAGCCACCGCCGCCGCCGCAUCCAAGAUGA